AUGCAAAUAGUAAGAUUGAAUUUUAAAGCAGACACCUGCAGGAAUCGACCCCUUAAAUCGCCAGAGAAACGAUAAACUACGACCAUUCAGUUUCCCAACUACAUUUUCUUGGGCCCCUCGGAAAACAUUAAAAUUGUGAAAUUUUCAAAGACCAUUAUUUCAAGCAGUAUCAAAUUGAUAAGGUCAACCUCUCCACAAAAAAUUCAAAACAUAAGUUUAGCUGUGGAAUUUGCUCAUGCAUAACCCAAACAUUAAAAAACCUAAAGUGUUCAACUUAGUUAAUAAAAUGUUGACUAACUUUUCAAAGCUAAAUUCUAGAAUCAUGAAUCAAUUCAAGGGAAACCAUAUCCUUCAACAAAAUAUAGUUAUGGACUUGUCAAUAAUCAUAAAUCUGAAAUGACCUUGGACACUAUAAGUGAUUACCCAAAUACUCCAACUUUAACAGUUCCUGCGUUAAAAGUUGUUGAUAAGGCCAGCAAUGUUUGGAGUGGAAAUAGGUUCAAUUUAUCGAAGAAGAUAACUGGAUAAAUCCAAUUCCAAAAUGGAUUUGUUUAUGAGGGAGAAUUAUUGAAUUUUGAUGAUACAGUCAUUCUAGAUGGACAAGGAACACUAUAUUCUAAUGGAUCCAAAUUACGAGUUAUUUAUGAAGGAAGAUGGAAGAACAACUUAUUUCAUGGCAAGGGGAAGUAUUUCAAUCAAUACUAAAUUGAAUCUUCCAAAGAUUGGCAUUUCAAUUGGAGAAUGAUUUAAGGCACUUUCAAUAAUGGAGAAAUUAUACAAUGUAAAAUUGAUUUUUUCUUAAGUGAAGAGAUACUGUUACAUAAUAUAGAUUACUAAAAAUGA